AUGUCGAUGUCGAAGAGUUCGAAGAUGCUCCAUUACAUAAACUAUCGGAUGCGCGUUACGAUCCAGGAUGGGCGUCAGCUUAUCGGAAAAUUCAUGGCCUUCGAUCGGCACAUGAAUUUGGUGCUUGGAGACUGCGAAGAGUUUCGUAAACUUCCAUCCAGUAAAGGAUCCAAGGAGGAGCGCGAGGACCGCCGCACCCUUGGCCUUGUUCUCCUCCGUGGAGAGGAGGUCAUUUCGAUUACUGUUGAGGGCCCACCUCCCCCCGACGAGUCCCGGGUAAAGGCCACUGGUGCAAAUGCUGUUCCGGGACCAGGGAUUGGUCGAGCCGCGGGCCGGGGUGUGCCGACUGGGCCGCUUGUCCAGGCCCAACCUGGGCUUUCUGGGCCUGUGAGAGGAGUAGGUGGACCAGCUCCUGGAAUGAUGCAGCCACAGAUCUCGCGCCCGCCGCAGAUUUCGAUGCCGCCAAUUUCUUAUCCUCCCCAGCAGCAGGGUUCUGGGGGUCAGGCUCCUGUUAUGAGGCCUCCGUCUAUGCCGCCUCCAGGUGGAUUCCCUCCGAGGCCUGGGAUGCCGGGUGCACCUCCUCCACCUCAGUUUAGGCCGGGACCGCCUGGGCAGUUUCCGCCUCCACAGUUUGGGCAGAGGCCAAUGGGUCCUCCCCCACCUCAGAUGAUGAGGGGUCCUCCACCGCCUGGGCAGUUUAUGCCUGGACAGAUGCCACCACGCCCGGGCAUGCCGCCACCUCCUCCUGGCGGACAAGUUCACAUGUUUGGUCCCCCUAGGCCUGGAAUGCCUCCUCCACCCAAUGCAUCUUCUCAGAAUCAGCAACAGUAG